AUGUGGCAAAUUAUGAGGCUAAUGCCUGAGAAACCAGCGGCAGAGUUGUCUGGGGUUGAUAUUGUGGUAUUAGAAGAUGACAAAUAUAAUAAACAUAAACAAGAUAAAGUUAAAAUACGCGUAUACUAUGAAGCCUUAUGUCCUGAUUCCAAGCAUUUCUUUUUAAAACACCUAACCCCAGUAACAGAAAAAUUAUCAGAAUUCAUACAUGUUACACUAGUUCCAUAUGGAAAAGCUACUACUAAAGAAAAGAACGGAAAAUAUUACUUUAUGUGUCAGCAUGGCGAAGAAGAAUGCUUUGCAAACAAAAUCCACUCAUGCUCAAUUGAAGCUUUGGGCAACAUGACCAUGUCAGUGAAAUUCACUGAUUGUAUGAUUGCAGACAAUAUGGAUGCUGAUAAGGCUCUUGAAAGGUGUGCAAAGCAAAUGAAGAUUGAUCCUAAACCAAUACGUGAUUGUGCUACAAAUGAACAUGGUUCAGCUUUACUAAAGAAACAUGGUGAUGAUACAAACAUCAUUAAACCGACUUUUAUUCCUACUAUUAUAUUAAAUGGCUCAAAGGAUAACCAGGCAGCUAUACUAAAGAAUUUUCUACUAGAAGUAUGCAAGUUAAUUGACAUGCCUUUACCUCCACCAUGCUUGUGA